AUGUCCAUGUAUCCGCAUCGCGCCAUGGGCGCGGUGCCCCCCAACAACUCUGCCCGCCUCAACGAGCUGCUCGAACAGAUCAGGACCGAGUUCGAUUCGCAGAUGCGCACCACCGAGGGCUAUGAGCAUCAAAUCCAGGCCCAGGUUCAAGAGAUGCAGCUUGUGAGGGAAAAGGUGUACGCGAUGGAGCAAGCCCAGAUGAACCUGAAGCAAAAGUACGAGGAAGAAAUCGCGAUGCUCCGCCGCCAGCUCGAAGGAGCUCGUGGAAACGCGCCUCCCAGCAUCGGCGGGCCUCCUCCCCAUGCCGGCCCGUCGCAACAGCCUCCUUCCAUUGCCCCCGGCAACGGUCUUUUCAACGGCAUCAUGACCGGCGGUGGUCAGGGCCAGCUGGCCCCUCCUCCUCCUCCUCCGCCCCAGGACCAGCAGAUGGGCCCGCAGCACCAGAUGGCCCAGGGCCCUCCAGGACUCCCCGUCCCGCCCCCUCCCCCCCCUCCGCAGUCGCAGCAGCCUCCUUUCCAACAAUAUCCUCCCCAAGGCCCCGUAUCCAACGGUCUUGCAUCUCAGCCUCCCCAGAGCACCGCAUCUCCGGGUCCCGGCAGACGGGGUAUCGGCAGACCUCCUGCCGCCGUUGGGCCCGCUACUCCCCAGAUCAACACCCCGAUCCCUUUCCCCGGCGCGACCCAGUCGCCUCAGGUCAGCCACCCGACGCCUGAUCACGCCCGCAUGGGGGGCCCUCAUGCUCCCCCGGUGGGAAACGCCCUUGGUGAUCUUGACCCGGAUCGCCUACCCCCUCACUCCAAGAAAUCGGGUCACGACUGGUUCGUAAUCUUCAACCAGCAUGUUCCUCGUAUGUUGGACGUUGACCUGGUUCACACUCUGGGCCAUGAGUCUGUUGUUUGCUGCGUGCGCUUCAGUCACGACGGCAAAUACGUGGCCACCGGAUGCAACCGAUCCGCCCAGAUCUACGACGUUCAGACUGGAGAAAAGUUGUGUGUCCUCCAGGACGAUAGCGUUGAUAUCACCGGCGAUCUCUACAUCAGGAGCGUCUGCUUCAGCCCAGACGGCAAGUAUCUUGCCACCGGUGCCGAGGACAAGUUGAUCAGAGUUUGGGACAUUCAAUCUCGACAGAUUCGCAACACCUUCUCUGGCCAUGAGCAAGAUAUUUACUCCCUAGACUUCGCGCGCGAUGGUCGCACGAUCGCGUCCGGCAGUGGAGACAGAACCGUCCGUCUGUGGGAUAUCGAGCAGGGCACCAACACUCUCACCCUCACUAUUGAGGACGGUGUCACCACUGUUGCCAUCUCUCCCGACACCAAAUACGUCGCUGCUGGCUCACUCGACAAGAGCGUUCGCGUCUGGGACAUUCACCAGGGCUACCUGCUUGAGCGCCUGGAAGGCCCUGAUGGCCACAAGGAUAGUGUCUACAGCGUAGCAUUCUCUCCCAACGGCAGAGACCUUGUCAGCGGUAGUCUCGACAAGACGAUCAAAAUGUGGGAGCUCAGCACGCCCCGUGGUCUGCCGAACCCUGGUCCCAAGGGCGGACGGUGCGUCAAGACCUUCGAGGGUCACAGAGACUUCGUUCUUUCUGUUGCUCUUACUCCUGACGCUGCUUGGGUCAUGUCUGGCUCCAAGGACCGUGGUGUGCAAUUCUGGGAUCCGCGCACGGGAGCUACCCAACUCAUGCUCCAGGGCCAUAAGAACUCGGUCAUCUCAGUUGCGCCUAGCCCGACUGGCGGCUACUUCGCUACUGGCUCGGGUGACAUGCGGGCGCGUAUCUGGUCCUACCGCAGCGUUCAGUAA